ACGGAUUUCACUCAUACUUUAGUGAACGCCAAAUAAUCUGGGGGCUGUUUGACAAAAUAACGGCGGCUAAGAAUCCAAAAUCAAUUCACAUUCCAAGCCAUCAAUUUUUAUAUUAUUAGAAUCCCCUUCUCGCGUUCCAAAUUGGCGGAACGGAAAACAAAAUUGAAAAAAGUUGGCGUUCCUGUUCAAAUUUUGAGUCAUCUGAGUAUUGGGUAUUUAGCUUUGUACCAAUUAAAAAUUGGUUACAAUAGAGGGGAUCUUGAAGAUUUAGUGUUUGGGAGUGAAGGAUGAAUAUUCAGAAGAGAAGAGUGCAGCUUAUGCUGUUCGUUGCAGGCCUUGUCAUUCUUAGUACGAUUGCGGAAAAGUGCAGGCAAUUAGUAGGUGAAGAUAGGUCAUCAAAAAGUGGGAAGUUUACAUGGAUUAAUUGCUUUGACAUGAGUUCAGGAACACUAGCCUGUGUUACAAAAGAAGGGGUGAAACUUUACGUUUAUAAUAUUAGAGCAGCACAUGUAGAAAAGACAAGGCAGAUGGCUUUUCAAAUUGCAUUGAAUGAGGCCAUAUCUGGAGGGUUAAGUGGGAAUGCUGCAACAAAGCAAGCAAAGAAAGCAGGUGAUAAAUCAGCAAAGAUGGCUUCCAGACAAGCAAGGCGCAUAAUCGGACCUAUAUUGUCAUCAGGGUGGGACUUCUUUGAAGCCUUGUACUAUGGUGGAACCAUCACAGAAGGGUGCAUGAGAGGUUCUGGAACAUUAUUGGGUGCUUAUAUGGGAGGAUUUAAGGGGGAGCAAACUCUUGGUCGAUUUGGUUAUCUUAUUGGCAGCCAGUUUGGAAGUUGGCUUGGUGGAAGGGUGGGGCUUAUGUUCUAUGAUGUUAUAGAUGGAGUGUAUUAUAUGAUGUAUGGUGCUACAUAAACAGAAUUCUGAAAUGUCACAUGAGACAUUUGUAGAUCAUAUAUAACAGUGAUGAAUGAUUUUAGAGAAUUUAUGGAGGUGGAGGAGGAAAGUUUGAUCCCAUCAGUUCAUGCCACAUGGAUAUUCUUUUGAUUUCUGGUAAAAGGAUUACAAUUGCAAAUUUCUAUCAACAAUCAGUUCUACUGAUAUGUCAAAUACAUAUACUAGGGAUUCGAUUAGGUCAAUUCACAAUUAUUUUCCUUGAGGUAUGCAGCACUAUUUGUCACGAUUUGUCUUACACUGUAGACUUGUGCACUGUAUAAUUAACAUCUUGAUUCUUUAGUCAUUGUUAUGGGAACUAUACUAGUUGCUUGAUUAAAGUCAAUCAGUAAUGAUUGUAAAUUUGUUAACAUAUAUAUGCAAAAUGAGUAUCACUGAUGAUUAUUUG